CUUUACCUUUUCAAUUAAAAAGACUACAAAAACCAUCGGGUAAUCAUCCAACUAGAUUGCCACAUCGGAUCCACCGCCGGAGUCUGCCCAAUUUUCCGACCAACGGACGUCUUCCGAUCAUUCUCAGUUCUGAUCGAAGAGUUAUUGACUACAAGAUGAGUGAAACGUUUGAAGGUUAUGAACGCAAAUACUGCGAGCUUUCGGCGAGUUUGUCGAAGAAGUGUACAUCUGCUAGUUUACUCGAUGGAGAGCAAAAGAAGCAGAAAAUUUCUGAAGUAAAAGCUGGAAUUGAUGAAGCUGAAUCUCUGAUACGGAAAAUGGACAUUGAGGCAAGAAGCUUGCCACCAAAUGUGAAGGCCGUGCUCCUUGCCAAAUUAAGAGAAUACAAAUCUGAUCUGAAUAAUUUGAAGAGUGAAGCUAAAAGAAUUGCAUCAACCAACUUAAAUCAGGCAGCCCGAGAUGAAUUAUUGGAAUCAGGAAUGGCAGAUGCAGCUGCGGUUUCGUCAGAUCAAAGAGGAAGAUUGUUAAUGUCAACUGAAAGAUUGAACAAGUCUAGUGACAGAGUUAGGGACAGUAGAAGGACCAUGCUGGAGACCGAAGAACUUGGGGUUUCACUUCUUCAAGAUCUUCACCAACAGCGACAGUCUCUCUUGCAUGCCCAUGGAACGCUUCAUGGAGUUGAUGACAACAUAAGCAAGAGUAAAAAGAUUAUGACUAAUAUCUCGAGAAGGAUGGGUCGAAACAAAUGGAUUAUCGGGUCGAUGGUUGUGGUACUUAUUCUUGCCAUCAUCUUGAUCUUGUACUUCAAGUUGAAGUAAAUAAUAGCUGAAAGUUGAGGUUGGUCUGUUUCAUACUCCCCUUUUAUCAACUCUGCUUUUACUCUUUAAGUGUUCAUUUGUUGUGGAUUUAAUGUACUUUUAUUUACUCUGUCCAAAAAGGGUUUAUGUUUCUCCCUAAAACACACACACACACACACACACUUCUAAAUGUUAAUCUCCUUUUGGGGUUUAGAGAUGCAUGAAGAAAUAUUUGUUUCUAUGGAGUGAAACUUUUGUU